AUGGAAAAUUAUAUUGCUAAAUAUUAUACGUAUAGAAAGACAUUAAAUAUGACAUUCAGCAAGAAAGAAUGGGUUAUACUAUGUAUAAUACUUCAAUGGAUCUUCGGAUUUGUUUUUUCAAUACCACAAAUUAUAUUCUAUGAUAAAGAUUGUAACUCACAAUUUCGUGGUCGUAUUUAUGUUUUAAUACUAGUUGUAAUUGUUCCAUCGUUUAUUUAUAUAAUAACUAAUCUUAUAAUAUUCAAUCAUGCUCGAACUUCAACUAAUCGUGUUCAAGCAUUAAAUCAACAAGAAAAUAAAACAUUUUCUCGUCGUGAUCUAUAUUUACUUAAACAUAUGAUUGUUGUGUAUUGUAUAUUUGUUGGAGGAUGGAGUCCUAUUUAUUUAUUUUCAAUAAUUAAUUAUAAUGAUACUUUCAAUCCAAAUAUAGGUCCAAUUUUAACACUUAUAGCUACUUUAUCUUUAUUAUUAAUUAUCAUUAAUCUAUUGAUUUAUAACAAUGAAUUGAGAAAAUAUCUAAAAAACAAAAUUUUCAGAUGUUCGGAUAUAUAA